UUAUGAUUAAUAUUAUUUAUGUUUUAUUUCUGUUUAAUUUUAUUUUUUUCUAUUAAAAAAUUUGACAUAACACAUUUUUUUUGGUUUCUAUUAAACCAAGUAAUUUAUAAUUAUGAAUGAUGAACAAAUUGUUUUAACAUUACCUCCUACUCAAGAUGCAGAAUCAAUAUGUUUUACUCAAUCACAAGAAUUAUUACAAGAAAAACCUAUGAUUGUAUGGGGUAGACUAUGUCCAAGUAAAUUACCUUUUAGAACAAUGGAAAUGACUAAAGAUGUAUAUACACUUGGUCGCUCACAAAACUGUGAUAUUUGUAUAACUAAUAAUGAAUUAAAACCAAAGUGGCUUAGUGUAAUGAGUAAGAUACAUUUCAAGAUAACUAGAGAAUUUAUUGAUGAUAAUACCAAUGAUGCCAUAGUAUAUUUAGAAGACUUAAGCCAAAAUGGAACUUUUGUUAAUGGAAAAAAAGUAGGACGUGGGAAUAAAGUAAUUCUUGAAAGCAAUGACAAAAUAGCUUUAGCACAACCUAUAGUUAUUGUUUAUGUCUUCAUGAGUACAACAGCUUUUGAAAGUAAUAAUUUACCACCUGAACUCAAAAGUAAAUAUACAGUAUCACGUAAAUUAGGAUCUGGAGCAUGUGGAGAGGUGAAAAUGAUAUUUAAUAAAGUUGGUUGUAAAAAAUUUGCCUUGAAAACUAUUAUGAAAUUAGGUAGUACAACAAAUGGACAAAAACAUCCGUUAAAUGAUCCUGAAAAAAUUAUGAAUGAAGUUAAAAUUUUGAAAGCUCUAAAACAUCCUUGUAUAAUUCGAAUGGAAGAAAUUGUGGAUACCCCGAAAGCAGUAUAUAUAGUUUUAGAAUUAAUGGAAGGUGGUGAACUUUUCGAAAGAAUAAAAAAUAGAGGAAGAUUAUCAGAAAAACAUGCAAAAUUAAUCUUUUAUCAGGUUGUAUUAGCUGUUAGUUACCUUCAUGACUGUGGUAUAACUCAUAGAGAUUUAAAGCCAGAAAAUAUAUUAUUAGCUAGUAAUUCAGAUAUUACAUUAGCAAAAGUAUCAGAUUUUGGUUUAUCAAAAUUAGUUGAUGCUCAAACUAUGAUGAAAACAUUUUGUGGAACUCCUAUGUAUGUUGCACCUGAAAUAUUAUCUACUAUUGGACGAGGUUCUUAUACAAAUCAAGUUGAUGUAUGGAGUUUGGGAGUAAUAUUAUAUGCUUGUUUAAGUGGUUCAGUUCCUUUUAAUUGUCAAGAUAAAAAUAUUAGUUUACAAGAUCAAAUAAAAAAAGGACAAUAUAGCUUUCCUUCUUCAAAAUUUGGACAUAUAACAAGUAAAGCUAUAGAUUUGAUCAAACGAAUGAUGACAGUUAAUCCAAAGAAAAGGAUUACAAUCAAACAAGUUUUGUUACAUCCUUGGUUACAAGACCGUGAACUUCGAGAAAGUAUUGACAUGAUAUUAUCAAAAGAAAAUGAUGAAAAUAUACCACCUGAAAGUAUUUCUUCUAAUAUUCAAUGUAAAAAUGAACAAUAUCAAAAUUUGAUCAAAAGAGCAAGAUUAGAAAUAUAG